UCAUAAAACUCAUAAGUUCAAACCUAGCUUAAACUUAAAAUAUGGGCUCAGAAACCACUCCAAAGCUUCCACUAAUUAACUUCAAUAAUCUCAACUUAGAAACCAAAAGUCCUAAUUGGGAGUUAGUGAAGUCCCAAGUUUACAAAGCACUAGUAGAAUAUGGUUGUUUUGAAGCAAUUUUUGAUCAAGUUUCUUUGGAACUUCGUAAAGCUAUAUUUGAUUCACUAGAAGAGCUUUUUGAACUUCCUUUACAAACCAAGCUACUCAAUGUGUCUAAGAAGCCAUAUCAUGGUUAUGUUGGUCAAUAUCCUACGAUUCCACUUUAUGAAAGCAUGGGCAUUGAUGAUGCAAAUGUCUAUGAGAAUGUCAAGAACAUGACCAACAUCUUGUGGCCAAAUGGGAACCAAAGUUUUAGCAAAACUAUACAUUCCUUCUCCGAUGAGUUAACGGCGUUGGAUCAGAUUGUUAGGAAGAUGAUUUUGGAAAGUUUGAAUGCUGAAAAGUAUUUGGAGGAACACAUGAACUCAACCAAUUAUCUUCUUAGGGUUAUGAAGUACAAAGGACCUCAAACAAGUGACACAAAACUAGGCCUUACCACACACAGUGACAAGAAUGUUGUGACCAUAUUGUACCAAAAUCAAGUGGAGGGUUUACAUGUUAUGACCAAAGACGGAAAAUGGAUAAACUACAAGCCUUCUUCUUCAAGUAGCUUUGUAGUUAUGAUUGGUGAUUCUCUCCAUGCGUGGUCAAAUGGAAGGCUUCAUUCCCCGUUACAUCGGGUGAUGAUGAACGGGAAUGAGGCACGAUAUUCAACCGGAUUGUUCUCGAUCCCUAAAGGAGGAUGUGUUAUAAAAUCUCCGGAGGAGUUGGUGGAUGAGGAACAUCCUUUACUCUUUAAGCCUCAUGAUCAUGUUGAGUUUCUCAAGUAUUAUUACUCCGAAAAAGGCCAAAGGGAUCAAAAUGCUAUGCGUACUUUUUGUGGUGUUUGAACUUAUGUUAUGUUAUUGAAAGAGGAUGUGCGCGCACAAUAUAUAUAGUUAAAGAAACAGAACAUAUUUGUAUUUGUAUUUGUAUUUGAUUAGAAAUAGAACAUAACAUACCCGAAUCGAUUGGCUUUGUAAUAAGGAAUAUUAGAAAUACAUGUAUCAUCGACGUGUAAUAUCCAAGCAUCUUUAUUACUAGGAACAUGAAUAUAUGAUUUUGCAUAGAAAACAAUUUCGUCUACGAUGAUGUUCAUGUCAAGUUCGUAUUGUCCACCAGUCAUGUAAUUUUUAACGUGCUUAUAGAAACGAAGUGGCACCGUCUUCCACGGGCGCACAUUAUUAUUUGAGGCCAUACUUCUCAUCAUCAACCUCGGACGAAGAAGAAUCUAAUUCAUCAAAAGAUCUGAUGAUGAUGAUGAUGAGGCUUUUGAUUCUGCUUCUGCAGCAGCUUCAACAGUAGGUUGCUCAAUAACCUCAACAAAAACGUUAAACAUGUCUAUUGUUUGCAUGAUCUUUAUCUUUAGCAUCAUGUUGGUAUAAAAUAGUUAUGGAAAGAAAAGAAAG